GUUUAAUUUCUUGGAGAGUGUAAGAGGAGCAAAAGACUGAUACAUCAACCGGUAACAUCCGUUGAAAAUUAAAUGGCACCUAACUUGACAACUUAGAGAAAGCUACCACACAAAUCUCUUUUCCUGCAAACUCUUAGAAAACCACUCCUGGGCUCAGCUCUCAAUUAGACUGAGAAGUGAACCGAAUUGGUGUUUGCAUUUCUGCAAUGGCCCAGACGUCCUCCCAAGACAACAGAAUUCCUCUUUGAAGUAUGAAGCAUGCAGGGCUCAGCCGUAACAAACUGCAACCUCUCCAGCCAUCCCUGACAGACCAAGACAGGAAGAUCAAGCUAUCUAUAUCUCCUGCUUCUCUAAUCACGAGAGAGACAGAAAUGUUGGAGGAGAUAAUGCCGAUGGAUGGCGGCAUCGCGAGGAAAGAACUUGAAGCUUCUCAGGCAAGGAUCACUUUCCUGGAGAAGGAAAAUUUGGAGCUGAGGCAAGAAGUAGCCCGCUUGCGAGCACAAGUGACUACGCUAAAAGCCCAUGAUGUCGAGAGAAAAUCCAUGCUCUGGAAGAAGUUGCAGAGUUCCACGGACGCCAAGAUCACAGACAGAUCUCAGCACAAGCAGACUUUCGCGGUGGAGAAGCCAGAGCCUAAUCUCGCAUUGGAGGAGAAGAAAGGCGCGAGAGAAGAUCUCAUAAAACCUGCAGCUCAUAAAGAAAGACAAGCCAAAUCAGUCAAAUUAGCAUUGCCGGGGCCAAUACCUGAAUCAAAUGGAAAUAGGUUGUUGCAUGCCCCUGCAGCAGCGCCACCCCCUCCCCCACCACCUCUACCAUCAAAACUUCUUGGUAGAUCAAAAACUCUCCGUCGCGCUCCAGAGGUGGUGGAAUUCUACCGAGCACUUAUGAAAAGAGAUGCCCAGAAGGAGAACAGAGCUGGUUCAACAGGACAUCCGCCAAUCCUGAGUCCAAAGAACAUGAUAGGAGAGAUCGAAAAUCGAUCCACUUACCUCUUAAAUAUAAAAUCAGAUGUGGAAACGCAUGGGGAACUAGUGAGUUUCUUGUCAAGGGAAGUGCAGGAUGCAGCAUUUGCAGAUAUUUCUGAAGUGGAAUCAUUUGUAAAAUGGCUAGAUGGGCAAUUAUCCUGCCUGGUCGAUGAGAGGGCUGUUUUGAAACAUUUUCCGCAGUGGCCAGAAAGAAAAGCAGAUGCACUGAGGGAAGCCGCUUGCAGCUACAGAGAAAUGAAAAACCUGGAAUCUGAAGUCUCGUCAUACAAGGACAAUCCGAAACAGCAGUUGACAGAGUCCCUGAGAAAAAUGCAGGCAUUGCAAGACAGAUUGGAGAAAAGCACUAACAACAUUGAAAGGGUGAGAGAAGGCAUGAGCAAGAAAUACAGAGAAUUGCACAUUCCUUGGGCAUGGAUGCUGGAUACAGGAGUGAUUGGACAGCUAAAGUUCAGCUCAGUGGCGCUGGCAAGGCAGUACAUGAAGAGGAUAGCUAAGGAACUGGAAAGCAUUGGAUCCGUCCAAGACGACGACCUACUAAUCCAAGGGGUUCGCUUUGCCUAUCGAGUUCACCAGGCGGUUUUGAUGCAGAUACUCUGCUCGCAUUUGAAGAACUACGGAGAUUUAGUACGACCGGCCCAACACAAUAGUGGAAUUACAAGCUUCUCUAUGAAUGCAGAUUACAACCGAAUGUCGCUAGAUAAUGCGAGAUUUUUUGUGCAAGUGUGAUCCAUUUACAGAACGAUUGAAAGCGCUGUAUCGCUACCAUCUCGCAAGUGCAAUCCAUUUGCAGAAUUACUACCACUGGUACUACUCUCUCCGCUUAGAGACUUCACUAGGACCAUGUAAAAUAUUGACGCAGAAGUUCUGAAACAAACGCUAUUAAAUUUUUUUUAUUUUUUAUUUUUUAUUUUUUGCUACCUCCUCAUUAUUAUCUUCUUUGCUCCACCAAGCCCAAAAGUUUAAUCGAAUGAUUUUGACAUUUA